AUGCCCUCGCUAGUCGCAUUCAAUCGGCAAUGGAAUAUCGGCAGCGACGAUUUUGUGUUUCCGGAGAUUACGGAAGCGUUGGUGAGGAUAUCAUGGGUCGCCUUCGGAGUGUCCGUCUUUGUCUUCCACUUUCCACUCGCUUGUUCCACUCACAAUUUGACUCUUCAAUUUCUAGGUCUCCUAGUUAUUAAUGUGAUAACUAUAUUUUUAGCCAUAUUAACCGCUGUCAUAUCCGCUAGAGGCACUAUAAUGGAUUCAGAGCCGAGAAGGCUGGUCCCACGGCUUUUGUAUAUAAGACUACCUAUUUUUAUCGCCGAAAUUGCACUCACUAUUCUCGCAACGGUACACGCAUUCAGAUCCACAAACGGAGGCGAAGGAUGUGAUUUUGCGACGAUUGCGCGAGUGACGAUAGUUUUGGAGUGGUUUCUGAUUGUAACAGCUGUCGUUGGUCUUUUCAUUGUAUUCCAUUUGACGGAGAACGAUGUGGAGGACGGAGCGACGAUUGCGCAGAGAUCUUGGAGUCGGAGAAUGAGAAUUUUCAAAAUUGGUCAAGACACCUCAAUGAGAGCUGCGCUCGACGAUCUUGCCACCCUGAUCUCCUCAUUCUUCGUCGAUUCUGACCUGGUGCCGAGUGAUGUGGUAGCUGGUUUACUUCUGGCUUAUCACUCGCCUAACAACCAAUAUCCACCGGUCAAAGAGAAAGAAAAUUCGUCCCGCCCGAAAUGGAUGAAUCUGAAAGACGCUGAGUAUUUUCUACACCAUGCCUCGUGUGUCUACGGUUGGCCAACAUAUAUACUAUACAACUGUGGGCUGAAAUCGAUUUUUCGGCUAUUCAGAAAGCUACAAUGUUGUGGAAGAAUGCGUUGUGCUCAGGGUCAAUCAAUGGUCGUGGAGGACAAUUGCUGCUACUGUAACACUGCGGCAGUGGUUCUUGCCAACGAGGCGCGCAACAUCGACCUUCAAUUCAUGUCUUUCCGAAAUCGUCUGUACGAAGUUCCAUUCGCUGUGAUUGCUGACCACGACCGGAAAUCUAUAGUGAUUACUAUACGAGGGUCUUGCUCGUUGAUAGAUCUUGUCACUGAUCUGAGUCUAGAAGACGAGUUGAUGACAGUGGACGUCGAUCAGGAUGCCACGUUGAGUCAGGAUUCAGAAAUCGAUAGACGAGGAGAAGUGAGAGUGCACCGAGGAAUGUUAAGAAGUGCUCGUUGUGUAUUCGAUAUAUUGAACAAGAACAAGAUUCUCAACGACCUUUUCAUCAGUAAUCCCACCUACCAACUAGUCGUCUGUGGUCACUCGUUGGGAGCCGGCGUGGGCUCUCUUCUCACAAUGCUUCUGAAACAAGAGUACCCAUCGGUGAGAUGCUACGCGUUCGCACCGCCAGGAUGUGUGAUCAGCGAGUUCGGACAAGAUGAAAUGGAGAAGUAUGUGAUGAGUGUGGUCAGUGGAGACGAUAUCGUGUCCCGAAUGUCAUUCCAGUCGUUGCAUCGACUUCGAGAGCGAGUUUUCCAGGAGUUGACUGCGUGCCAGCGAGCAAAACACGAGAUUCUGAUUCGAGGGGUCUAUCAGUUGUUUUUCAAGUAUCCGUGGCAAGAUGAGCUCUCAGGUAUUCCUCGCCCCUCCUCUGACUCUCCCACUGCUGACUUGGAAUCCGCUCUUCUGACUCGUCGAAAUUCGUAUGGAUCUGCAAACGACGCUGCUGCCAACGAUCCUCCACCAUCGCGGAAUCCAGAACAUAACAAGCGUCUUCAGUUAUAUGUACCUGGCCGGACGGUCUACUUGUCAUCUCAAGACGGUGUCACCAGCGAGACAUGGAUUGACCCGAAAUGCUUGAGUGAUGUGAAACUAUCGGUCUCCGUAUUAUCCGAUCAUCUCCCCGCCGCCGUUCAAAAACUGCUCAGUAGUGCUUCCUCGUCGGAUUCUGAGAUAGAGCCGAAUCCAAAUAAUGUAGAAGUUGUAGUGACAAGUCAACCGGUUUAA